AUCUUGUAAUUCAUUCAUAAAAUUCUUGUAAUUCUUCUCUUCAUCUUAAUAAAUCCAUUUCGGAACCUUUCAUUAUAUGGUUCCCUAUUCUUCAUCAAGUUCUUCGAGUCUCUGUAUUCCUAGAACCAGAAAAACAUCACAACAGAUUCUUCGUUACAUCCUCGUUCAUUAUUCUGUUUAAGCUUGUAUGUGCUUAAAAUUAUUCAAAUCUCUCUCUGUAAAGAUUGAAAUCCGGUUUCCAAUAAAAAUAAUGAUGUAUGAGACACUAUCAACGUGAUUUUAUGGUAAAAAUAUAAAACCCCUAAAAUGUUAACGCUCAAGUAACAUGGAUUCAAUCUAUUGUCCAUUUUUAAAAAUAUAUUAAUAUAUUAGUAAAUCGUCUGAAAAAAUUAAAAAAACUCUUAAUGGUUCCUUGGCUUAUUAUGUGACACUGUCUGGUUAUUAGUCCUUACCGAAAACCAGAGGCCAGGGUCCGUGGGUUUGUUUAUCUCCAAGGCUCAAAAUAUGGCAGCAGAGUCACUGAGAGUAACCACUUCAUCUCUCUGCUAUCUCAAUGGAUCACAGAGGAGACCAACCCCACUCUCUCCGGUUCGCUUCAUGGGUUUUCGCCCUCGACCCUCUCACUCUCUAUCUUCAUCUUCUCUUUCGCACUUCUUUGGGACUUGUCGAAUCAACUACAAUUCACGCCAACUUGCUCCACGAAAAAGAAACUUCUUUGUUUUCGCCAUGUCUGCUGAUGACACAAAGCGUGCUGUUCCAUUGAAGGAUUAUCGCAAUAUUGGCAUCAUGGCUCACAUAGAUGCUGGGAAGACUACUACAACCGAACGAAUUCUGUAUUAUACUGGAAGAAACUACAAAAUUGGAGAGGUACAUGAGGGAACUGCGACGAUGGACUGGAUGGAGCAAGAGCAGGAAAGAGGCAUUACCAUUACUUCUGCUGCAACUACUACAUUUUGGAAUAAGCACCGGAUCAACAUUAUCGAUACUCCUGGUCAUGUUGACUUUACCUUAGAAGUGGAGCGAGCGCUUAGGGUGUUGGAUGGGGCUAUAUGCUUGUUUGACAGUGUUGCUGGUGUGGAGCCGCAAUCAGAAACUGUGUGGAGGCAAGCUGAUAAAUAUGGGGUGCCGCGGAUUUGCUUUGUCAAUAAAAUGGACCGUCUUGGAGCAAACUUUUUUCGAACGAGGGACAUGAUAGUAACAAAUUUGGGUGCUAAACCACUUGUACUGCAGUUACCAAUUGGUUCAGAAGAUAGAUUUAAGGGAGUUAUAGACCUUGUUAGGAUGAAAGCUAUAGUUUGGUCUGGAGAAGAGCUGGGUGCCAAGUUUGAUUUUGUAGAUAUUCCAGCUGAUCUUCUAGAGCAGGCUAAGGAUUACCGAGCCGAGAUGAUAGUAAACAUAGUUGAGUUCGAUGACAAGGCUAUGGAGAACUACCUGGAGGGAAUUGAACCAGAUGAAGAAACUAUAAAAAAAUUAGUUAGGAAAGGAACCAUAGCAGCCAGUUUUGUGCCAGUGUUGUGUGGCUCAGCUUUCAAAAACAAGGGAGUCCAACCAUUGCUUGAUGCUGUGGUGGAUUAUUUACCAUCACCACUGGACUUGCCACCAAUGAAGGGCACUGACCCUGAAAACCCAGAAGCGACAAUAGAGAGGAUAGCAAGUGAUGAAGAACCAUUUGCUGGGCUAGCUUUUAAGAUCAUGAGUGAUCCAUUUGUAGGCUCACUUACGUUUGUCAGGGUCUAUGCUGGGAAGCUAAGUGCAGGGUCCUAUGUACUCAAUGCAAACAAAGGGAAAAAGGAGAGAAUUGGUAGACUUCUAGAAAUGCAUGCAAACAGCAGAGAGGAUGUUAAAACAGCUUUAGCUGGUGAUAUUAUUGCUCUUGCAGGUUUGAAAGAUACUAUUACAGGUGAAACUUUGUGUGACCCUGAUAAUCCAAUCAUGCUUGAGCGGAUGGACUUCCCUGAUCCUGUGAUUAAGGUUGCAAUUGAACCCAAAACCAAAGCUGAUGUUGACAAGAUGGCAUCUGGUUUAAUCAAGCUUGCACAGGAAGACCCUUCUUUCCACUUCUUCCGUGACGAAGAGAUAAACCAGACAGUGAUCGAAGGAAUGGGAGAAUUACAUCUUGAAAUCAUCGUCGAUCGACUCAAAAGAGAAUUUAAGGUGGAUGCUAAUGUUGGUGCUCCCCAAGUAAACUACAGGGAAAGCAUUUCUAAAACCUCAGAAGUGAAGUAUGUGCACAAGAAACAGUCAGGUGGACAAGGUCAGUUUGCAGAUAUCACUGUACGGUUUGAGCCCAUGGAUCCAGGUAGUGGAUAUGAGUUCAAGAGUGAAAUCAAAGGAGGUGCUGUACCAAAAGAAUACAUUCCUGGGGUGAUGAAAGGAUUGGAGGAGUGUAUGAGCAAUGGUGUGCUUGCUGGCUUUCCGGUUGUUGAUGUACGUGCAGUUCUCGUGGAUGGUUCUUACCAUGAUGUAGAUUCAAGUGUGCUGGCAUUUCAGUUGGCAGCAAGAGGAGCUUUUAGGGAAGGAAUCAGAAAAGCUGGACCAAGGAUGCUUGAACCUAUAAUGAAGGUUGAAGUUGUUACUCCUGAGGAACAUCUAGGUGAUGUAAUUGGCGAUCUCAACUCAAGAAGAGGUCAGAUAAACAGUUUUGGUGACAAACCUGGGGGUCUAAAGGUGGUUGAUGCUCUGGUACCUCUUGCUGAGAUGUUCCAAUACGUCAGUACACUUAGAGGGAUGACAAAGGGCCGUGCAUCCUACACAAUGCAAUUAGCCAUGUUUGAUGUGGUGCCUCAACACAUUCAGAAUCAACUUGCCUCAAAAGAGCAAGAAGUUGCAGCAUAAUGUUUUUCCUUGGUCUCCUAACAAGGAACUUCUUCCCUUUGAUAGUUGUAUUGUGUCCAUUGUAAAAUAGUUGGAUUUAUCUUUUUGUUUUGGUAUUUUUUAUUGUAAUUUACCUUGUACCAAUACAAGGUUAGCCAAAAGAAAAAAAUCAGAAGCAGAAAGAAAAACAAAACAAUUUUUCUUCCUGAAAGCAUAGGAUGCAUUUGAUCACAGUUAUCUUAAAUUUCAAGGUAUCUUGAAUAUAAAUGCAAAGUAUUUAGGAUUCCCAUGUUUGGUACAACAAUAUGUUUAUAUUCUCUUUCUCUGGCAUGUCUUAUGCCUUUUGGUUGCCCUUAGCAAUCUUAAAUAUCCAACUAGAGGGAAUCAUACACCGGGGCAAGUGGUAUUCCCAUGUGCUUGAAUAUCACAUGUCUACACACAUUGUGUGUUCCAUAAGACACGAGUAAUAUGACAUGUCCAUGGUAAUCUCAGCCCAGUAUCAAACAAAUGCAUCUUUCUUUGGAAUCCAAGAUUAAUGCUGAUUUCCUUCUUUUAUAGCAAAGCAAACCGUGAUUAGGUUCCAAGUAUUGCAUUUGCAAGGGGACCAGGUGUGGCUGUGUUGAUACUUCUGGAAUCAAGAGGGUGAGACUUGUGCUGUUCUUACUGAGCAGGUAGAUGCCAGUUGGUGCCUUGCAGUGUCUUUUUUGAGCAAUUAUAACUGUAGUUUAUUGUUAUCCCUAUUCUUAUAUUGGACAUUCUUAUUUAUAAGGCAAGGGUUCCUGUUGAGAGAAUUAUUUUGGAAUUGCCUGCUGGAAUGUUAGAUGAUAACAAGGGUGAUUUUGUUGGCACUGCAGUUCACGAGUUCUAUUUCUGAUUGGCCUCAUCCUCUCUAGUUAUAUUGAAAGUGCAUGUUUUAUGGCCUUUUCACUUGCAUGUCAGACAUUUUUUUAUUUGUCAUUCCUAGUGAUGUAACUAACUUAUCCACACUAUGCAUGAUUUCUUGUAUUUAUGACACUGAUAGGUUGAAGAAGAGACUGGCAUCAAGUUAAACAUAGAAGACAUGGUUGACCUAACUGCUUUCCUUGAUUCCGCAAAUGGAUGCAGAGUUAUCCCUUCUCCUUUAUGUUUUUAGCCUUUUUGAUGAGGAUCUCAUUUUUCUUUUUACUUUUUCAAGUUUCAUAAUCUGUGCUCCACAAAUAAGUUAGCUAUUUUGUCAAAUAAAAAACUAUUUUUACUU